CAGAACACCUCUUCCCCCACAUGCAAUUUUCCACAGGCUUACCCUGUUCCCUCUGUUCUCCGCCCAAAAACCAUGGUGGUCCUCGCCAAUCCAUCCCCAGACAACAUAUUCCUCCACAAAUCUUCCAAGCCUUGCGCCUCCUUCUCGGACGUCCCCGUCGUCGACCUGACCGGCCCGACCGCCGGCUCCGAUAUCGUCACGGCUUGCAACCAAUUCGGCUUUUUUAAAGUCACCAACCACGGCGUCUCCAAAAGCCUUGUUGCCAGAGCAGAGGCUGCCGCCAUGGAUUUCUUCGCCUUGCCCCAAUGGGAGAAGGAGCAGGUCUGCAUGGCCAAACCUUACGGCUAUGGAAACAAGCAGAUUGGCUGCAAUGGCGACGUCGGAUGGUUAGAGUAUCUUCUUCUCGAGGUCCCCAACUUAUUCGGAUGCAGCUCUACUCUGAAGGAGUACGUGUCGGAAAUGAAGAACUUGGCGUCUGGAAUGCUUGUGUUAAUGGCGGAUGGGCUGGGAUUGGAGCAGAGGAAUGCGUUCAGUAAAUAUAUAGACGAUGAGAGAAGCGAUUCCUUCUUCAGGCUAAAUCACUACCCUCCAUGUCCGAUGUUGCAGGGAUUCAACAAUAACCUGAACGGAUUCGGGGAGCACACGGAUCCGCAAAUCAUUUCGGUUCUGAGAUCGAAUAACUCGGAUGGGCUUCAGAUUUGUCUGAAAGAUGGAAGCUGGGUCUCCGUUGCUCCGGACCAGGAUUCCUUCUUCGUUAAUGUGGGCGAUUCUCUACAGGUGCUGACCAACGGGAGAUUUCAGAGCGUUAGGCAUAGGGUGGUGACCAGCGGCAAGAGGUCGCGGUUGUCGAUGAUAUAUUUCGGCGGGCCGCCGCUAAGUGCGAGGAUUGGGCCUCUCCUCAAGCUUCUUGGAGAGGAAGAACGGAGCAGGUACAGGGACUUCACAUGGGCCGAGUACAAGACUGCUGCCUUCAACUCCCGACUUGCAGAUGACAGGUGCGAGGAUGAGCAUGCCUUUGAAUUAGUAGUCGCGUCGGUGCGUAUCCCAGACCUUCGAUCAAGGACCGGGGCGAGCGGAAUUGGAAGGAGAAGCUUUGAGAGGUGCGGAGCAAAGAACAUACGAACUGGGAAAGAAAAGAGCUGGGUCCCUGCGAAUCAAGCAUGA